GUUUGUUGUCAAAAGGUGGUCUUGAUUCGUGAUGGCGUCGGUAAAGUUCAUCGUGGUUGCGUGUUUGGUGGCUAUUCUCGGCUAUUUUAUUCACAGGGAACUGCAAAUGGAAACUUUCGCUUUUACACUAACCAAGCACAUACCGGCAAAGCGCUCUGAUGUUUACCGAAAGUUUUUUGAUGAACCAGAAUUUUGGUUGAAAGUGCACCCCAACUGGUAAGCAAAAUUAAGUUUGUAUGACGUACCUCCUGAACUUGAACCCCAACUCCUAAUCGUGAACUAAAACCUUCAGUCUGGUGUCAGACUCAAAGGCACCUGCAAAUUAUACGCAGUCAUCCUCUGUUAAUUUGUCUUAUCUACCGUGAUGUGCAUAAUUUUACGCCUACAUAAAAAUGUAAACAAGACUUUGAAACGAAAUGUCAACGGUAGUUUAAGUUUGAUUCCCGCAUAAAAAAGAGCUUUUGUGAGAGUUUUUUUUUCUGGGCAUUAAGCUUUUAAUGUCUCGCUUACAACGGGAAAGUACAGCAUAUUAUACGUAAAAACGUCUGCUAACUUUAAACUAUAAAGCGAAUCGUGCGUGCCAUUUGGCAUGGAGGACAAAGGUUACCAACAGCCAUCAGCCAGUCACACGAUGGUUUUUUUGUAGUUUUGUGAACAGAUCUUAAAUCGAAAUAUAAAUGUAUCAACUAUAAUCUCCAUUGAACCUAAUUCUAGGGCUUUUCAUUUCAAAUUAUUUUGCAUCUACAAUGAAGUUGUCUUUUCGGCGUGACAAAUCCCAUCAUUUAAUAGGUCACGCGAUGUUUUGACAAUAAAUUUAAAGUAACAAAGUUUUUAUAUCAUAGCUUAGAGCAAAAUUACUAAACGUUACUUUUAAGGCAUUUCAGUUUAAAAUAAUGUUGAGCUGUCCUUUUGUGAUUUGCGUCGGAUUAUUCCAGAGCUAAUUAUGCACCAAUCAUUUGAGCCAAACCCCCCCGCCACCCCACCCCGUUGGUGGAUACCCGGGGCAAACCGGGGGUUAUCACCUCGUUUUCAUUCAGUUUAGGUUUCCCGGUAGUCGAGGAAUACACCUUUUUUCGCGGCUUCGCUAUACAAUGCAUGACGAAGGAUACACGUUCAAGUAGUUCCCCAAAUUACUCGUGCGUGAGGAUGGCAGAGGAAUAAAGGUGAAUACACCGGGUAUCCCCCAAUUGGGGUGCGGGGAGGGUGGAUGGGAGGUUCAAAUGACUGAUGCAUUACAUGCUGUUUUAUUUCCAAGGGAAAUACAACCCUAUGUUAACUGACAUCUACAAGUUUCGUUCUGACCGCGUUUUUAGGGAGCCAGUAAGGAAGACGUUUCAGACCGAAGCGCGUCAGUCGGAAGUGAAGAAUUUUCCCUUUUAAUAUGCCUUGGCGUUACCAAAUUUGAAUUCUUAAAGUGGCUAUGUCACCCCUGGCGCAUGCACAAGCCAAUGAAAACAAACCUGAAAAAGUCAACCCGACUUUUUCAAGUUCUGUCGGAGAUUUUGGAAGGCUGUUUUUAUCUGAGACGAAUUGCCUGAAAAUGUGGUCAAAAUCACGCCCCAAGAUUGACAAAAAGGCCACUUCCAGUUGACGUGCACCGCUCAAAAAAGACGUUGUUUAAGCUCCCUUUUCUAUUUUAGCGUGGGCAUAACCAACAUCAUUAGAUCGCAAGACAAGGAUGGACGAAAAACAGUUCAGUUUAACUUGCAUGAGGAGGUGCCAGGCCCCUUUUUUGGAUACCCCAGCAAGGUCCAUGCUGAAGUACCCAUGACUGUGAAAGAAAUGCAAGAAAAUGAAGCUACCCACAUGUCAACCACCCAGUUUCACGGUUGGCUUCAAUUCGAUCAAGAGUUUCGUUUCUCCGAUGCAAAAGAAGGUGGAAUGAUGCUUGAAGAGCGCUGUCAGUAUACAUCUGCCAAGACUGCUAUAAGAUACAUCGCACCUAUAGCACUCGCCCAGCACAAAGACAUUAUGGAAAACACCAGAAAAUAUUUCAUGGAAGUUGAAACAAAGAACUCCUAAGAAGUUUUGUAUCGUUAUUCACUUUUCUCUGACAGUUUCUUUUAGCUCGACUUGUAGGCAAGUCUAGUGUUGUACAACAGUUUUAAACGCUUAAUCCUCUCUUCAGCCGAAGAUAAUAUCAAAGUACGUAUUCUUUCACUAAAAAUAUCAGGUGUUAUAAAAGAACAAACAUUGAGUCAUCAUGUUUGUAAAGAUUUUUUCAAAAAUGGGUGAGUAAAGUGUUAUCUUGUUGAAUUUUUAGCUAUAGAUGUUUUCAGCUUCUUCGGUACCCUCAGAAAACAGCCGAC